UUGGACACUGUACACUCUUCGACUACAAUUUCUCUGAACGGGCCACACGGAUGUGCAUGGCCCCAUCCCCUUGUGUCACGAUGAAUCCUGUGCAGGGGUCGCCGUCCCAGGACGCCAAACAGCUUCAUCAGAAAGAGGAGACGGAUACAGAGGGCGAAGACCUCCAGCCCAAAGACAUGACCACUGAGAAAGGAUACAAACCUCAGCGGAACAGCCUCCCGUUUAGCGUAGAGUCGCUGAUUUCCAAGAAGACCACCUGUCGGACUUCUUAUUCCCCCUCAGACUUAGCUCAGGCCCUGUCGAAGCCCGUGGUCGGGCAAGGCACGCAGUUCUCUCCAAGGACUCUUUAUGCGGAAAGCAAGGUUUCCGCGAAGGACUCGCCGGGUGUUUCCAGCAAUUCCAGUGAGGACAGCCCGCAGUUUUGUGAGAAAGAGCAGAGCACUUGGUACCAGACGUCCUCCUUUUCUCCUACCCCUCGUAACACAAGCCCACCUCAGUGUCCCUUAAGGAAACACAAAAACAACAGGAAACCUCGCACUCCCUUCACUACCUCCCAGCUGCUGGCGCUGGAGCGCAAGUUUCGCCAGAAGCAGUACCUCUCCAUCGCCGAGAGAGCCGAGUUCUCCAACUCCCUCAACCUGACGGAGACUCAGGUCAAAAUUUGGUUUCAAAACAGGAGGGCCAAAGCCAAAAGACUGCAGGAGGCCGAGCUGGAAAAGUAUAAACUGGCCACCAAGCCAAUGAUGCCUGCCUUCGCGCUGCCGCUCCCCCUCGGAGCGCACAUGGGCUCUCCAACUUGGGGUCCUUCAAACGCCUUCCCGAGGCCCGGCCUGCCGGUCCCAGGACUGUUCAGCGGACCCGUCACUUAUGGGAUGUACUAUUUGUCUUAGAAGUACUGUCUGUUUAUGUUUUAAAGAGUAAAAGUGUCUUCUACCAAUACACUUAUGAACAAGAAUGAUGCGUUUUCUACACCUCGGACUAUUUUUAUAGGGGCUAAGAGAAAUGUUCUAACCUCCAGAAUUUAAAAAUAAUCAUUUGGGACACAUUUUUAUAUUUAAUUGUGCGCGUAAUUGGACUGAGUGAGUUUAGUUGUUCUGCGCAUUUCAAGGCCAGUUCUGUGGAUUGUGGAUUCUCAGGCCUAAAUUACUGAGGCAAUACUCCAAAACUAAAUGUCAGGUUUUUAAACGACAUGCCUUAAAUAUCUCAUUCCAGUCCACAGUAGUUUGAAAAAGUGUGCCCAGAGGCAAGGCUGCUGAGGCGGAGGUUGAAAAGCAAAAGAAAAGUACUUAAACGGAGUCAGUGCCUUAAGUGUAUCACUUGAAGUAUUACUUAUCAAUCAGGAUUGACGUUUCUGGUAAAACUGCAGGUUCCCAGAGUUGCUGUUUGAAUGUUUGUAUUUCCUUACAGCAGUCACACUUUCUACAUCUUUUUCAACACAUGGAGCAAAAUUAUAUUUUAGAAAAAAAACUUGUAUUAGAUAUUUUUUUAUUAUCACAACGUGGCCUUUAUGGGAGUGAUGAUAGAUUUUCUUCGAAGGAUUUUGCUGUAAAUGUAAAUACAAUGUGUAGAGUUCAUAAAGCCUUGCUGCCUCGCUUGAAGAGCAGCAGG